AUGAACCCGACGUGGGUCAUGGCUUUCCCUGAUGGCUACGAGACGGGUACUUAUUUGGCCUUGGAUAUGGGCGGUACGAACUUGCGUGUGUGUGAGAUCACCCUGACGGAUAACAAGUCGGAAUUCGACAUCAUCCAGUCCAAGUACCGUAUGCCCGAGGAGCUCAAGACCGGAGAGUCGGAAGAGCUGUGGGAAUAUAUUGCCGACUGCCUUCAACAAUUCAUUGACACUCACCACGGAGAGCUGCCACCAGACGCCGAGAAGAUCCCGCUUGGUUUCACCUUCUCAUACCCGGCAACCCAGAACUACAUCGACGAGGGUAUCCUGCAGCGGUGGACCAAGGGUUUUGACAUUGACGGCGUCGAGGGCAACAACGUUGUCCCCAUGUUGGAGGCCGCUCUCGAAUCGCGCAAGGUACCCAUUAAGGUCUCUGCCUUGAUCAACGAUACCACCGGUACACUCAUUGCUUCGGCCUACACGGAUCCUAAGAUGGUCAUUGGCUGUAUCUUUGGCACAGGCUGCAACGCAGCAUACAUGGAGACUUGUGGCGCCAUCCCCAAGCUGGCUCACAUGAACCUGCCUCCAGACUGCCCCAUGGCUAUCAACUGCGAAUGGGGUGCCUUUGACAACGAGCACAAGGUCCUGCCGCGGACGCCUUACGAUAUCAUCAUUGACAAGGAGUCACCCAGACCUGGACAGCAGGCAUUCGAGAAGAUGAUCGCAGGUCUCUACCUGGGCGAGAUCUUCCGACUGGUCCUGGUUGACCUUCACGACAACAAGGAUGUCCACAUUUUCGAGGGCCAGGAUAUUAAGAAGCUUCGCAGACCUUACAGCCUGGACGCAUCCUUCCUUUCGGCUAUCGAGGAUGACCCCUUUGAGAACUUGCAGGAGACUGCUGAUUUGUUCUCUGAUAAGCUCAGCAUUGCAACCACCCGUCCUGAGCUCGAGCUCAUCCGUCGUACAGCUGAACUGAUCGGCACACGUGCUGCUCGUCUUUCCGCGUGCGGUGUCGCUGCCAUUUGCAAGAAGAAGAACUUCUCUUCAUGCCACGUUGGCGCUGACGGCUCCGUCUUCAACAAGUAUCCCCACUUCAAGGCUCGUGGUGCUCAGGCACUCAAGGAGAUUCUUGACUGGCCUGCCAAGAAGAGUUUGCGGGAGGAAGACCCUAUCGAGAUCCUCGCCGCCGAGGACGGUAGUGGUGUGGGUGCUGCUCUGAUUGCAGCGUUGACACUCAAGAGAGUCAACGCUGGAAACCUUGCUGGUAUCCUCCACCCCGAGCACUUCAAAUAA